CAAAGUGUCGCAAGAUCGCUGUUGUGGUUCCAGAGCGUGUAGUUCGCAAAUUGUUCUUAAAUUUUGUGUAGUUGAUCGUGAAAGUUUAAUUUUCGUGAAAAAUGGAAGGUUUUGACGAAGCCGGUGUUUUCUUCUCCGAUAAUUUCAAUGGAGACGCUCAGCAAGAUGGAAAUGUUCUUAACAUGCAAGCCACUAAGAAAAAGUACAAGGAGUUCAUACGGACAUUCAAUGAGGACAAUUUUCACUACAAAUACAGAGAUACUUUGAAGAGCAAUUAUUUGAAGAAGAAAUUCUUCUUGGAAGUGGAAAUCGAAGACUUGGCGGGAUACGAUGAGACACUGGCCGAUAAGCUGUACAAACAGCCCACGGAACAUUUACAGAUCUUUGAGGAAGCUGCACGUGAAGUGGCUGAUGAGAUCACUGCUCCUCGUCCAGAGGGUGAAGAAGACGUCGAGGACAUUCAGAUUUUGUUGAAUUCAGGGGCGAAUCCGACCAAUAUGCGCGACUUGAAGUCCGAUUACGUCUCGAAACUUGUGAAGAUUUCUGGAAUUGUAAUAGCUGCUUCGGGAAUACGAUGCAAGGCUACAAAGAUUUCUAUCCAGUGUCGGUCAUGCAGUAAUGUCAUCCCGAACUUAAAUUUGGGACCGGGUUUAGAAGGCUACGCUUUGCCCAGGAAGUGUAACACGGAGCAAGCAGGUCGACCUAAAUGUCCUCUCGAUCCUUUUUUCAUCAUGCCUGAUAAGUGCAAAUGUGUCGAUUUCCAAACCCUCAAGCUACAGGAGCUUCCUGACUUUGUUCCCCAGGGUGAGAUCGCCCGUCACAUGCAAUUAUUCUGCGAUCGAUCCCUUUGUGAGCGUGUUGUACCAGGGAACAGAGUGUUCAUCCACGGAAUCUACUCAAUUAAACGCGUCGGCCGCCCAUCGAAACGUGAUGGGAAAGAACGAGCAACGGUUGGCGUCCGGAUCCCAUACAUGCGAGUUGUCGGAAUCAAUGUUGAUACAGAAGGUGUAGGAGCGAUUUCACGCUACAAUAAUAUUACAAACGAUGAAAUCGACAUGUUUAAGAGGAUGGCGUCCAGUGGAAAUAUCUAUGAAAAACUGGCUAGCAGCUUGGCUCCAAGUAUUUUCGGUUCUACGGAUAUAAAGAAGGCUAUCGUAUGUUUGUUGUUUGGAGGGGCGAGGAAACGCUUGCCCGAUGGAUUGCACCGCAGAGGUGAUAUUAAUAUUUUGUUGUUGGGAGAUCCCGGUACGGCUAAGUCACAGCUAUUGAAAUUCGUGGAGAAAGUUGCGCCAAUUGCAGUUUACACAUCAGGAAAGGGAUCGAGCGCUGCUGGUUUAACGGCUUCUGUAAUGCGUGAUCCAGCUUCGCGUAAUUUUGUAAUGGAAGGUGGCGCCAUGGUUCUUGCUGAUGGGGGCGUAGUAUGCAUCGAUGAAUUCGAUAAAAUGCGUGAAGAUGAUCGUGUAGCCAUCCACGAAGCUAUGGAACAGCAAACAAUAUCUAUUGCAAAAGCUGGCAUCACAACGACGCUUAACACUCGAUGCUCCGUUUUGGCUGCAGCGAACUCAAUUUUCGGUCGAUGGGACGACAUGAAAGGCGAAGAGAACAUCGAUUUCAUGCCAACAAUUCUUUCACGUUUUGAUAUGAUAUUUUUGGUUAAGGAUAUUCAUGACGAAAAUCGAGAUAUCACGCUGGCAAAACAUAUCAUCAAUGUUCAUUUGAAUGCCAACAAACCAACGGACACAAGAGAAGCUGAAAUCCCAUUGGCUGUUUUCAAAAAGUAUAUUCACUUCUGCCGAACAACAUGCGGCCCACGGUUGAGCGAAGAAGCUGGGGAAAAACUGAAAAGUCGUUAUGUCUUGAUGCGUGCUGGAGUUGGCCAGCAUGAAAAGGCUGCCGAUAAGCGAUUAUCUAUUCCGAUUACAGUGCGUCAGUUGGAGGCUAUCAUUCGAAUUUCAGAAUCUUUGGCUAAAAUGGAGUUGCAACCGUUUGCUACAGAAAAGCACGUUGAUGAAGCUCUCAGAUUGUUCCAAGUGUCGACUUUAGAUGCUGCAAGUAGCGGAAGUUUAGCUGGAGCUGAAGGAUUUACUACGGAGGAAGAUCAAGAGACAUUGAAUCGUAUUGAGAAGCAAUUGAAGCGUCGAUUCGCUAUUGGUUCACAGGUUUCUGAACAGAAUAUCAUACAGGACUUUGUACGACAAAAAUACCAAGAACGUGCUGUUCUCAAGGUUAUUCACACAAUGAUUCGACGGGGUGAACUGCAGCAUCGCAUGCAAAGGAAGAUGCUUUAUAGAUUAUCUUAGAUUUGUAUGUUAAUUUUAAGUCUUAAUCUCCGUUUUUUCUAAAAUAAAACCAAAACAUAGUACAAGUAUAA